AUGAACCCAGCAAACCAUUCCCAGGUGACAGCGUUUGUGCUCCUGGGGCUCUCUCAGGUAUGGGAGCUUUGGCUCCUCUUCUUCACUGUCUUGUCAGCUGUGUAUCUUAUGAUGGUCACUGGCAAUCUGCUUAUUGUGCCCAUCGUGACAUCUGAUCCGCGCUUGCAUACGAUGAUGUAUUUUCUCUUAGGCAACCUUUCAUUCCUGGACUUCUGCUAUUCUUCCAUCACUGCCCCGAGGAUGCUGGUUGACUUGCUCUCAUGCAACCCAACCAUUUCCUUCAGUUCCUGCCUGACCAGGCUGUUCUUUUUUCACUUCAUUGGUGGCAUCAAGAUCUUCCUGCUGACUGUCAUGGCAUAUGACCACUACAUUGCCAUUUCCCAGCCCCUACGCUACACACUCAUGAAUCACACAGUCUGUGGCUUUUUCAUGGCAGCCUCAUGGGUGGGGGGCUUCAUCCACUCCAUUGUACAAGGGUUGACUAUCCACCUGCCAUUCUGUGGACCUGACAAGCUAGAUAACUUUUACUGUGAUGUGCCUCAGCUGAUCAAAUUGGCCUGCACGGAUACCUUUGUCCUGGAGCUUCUGAUGGUGUCAAACAAUGGUUUGGUCACCCUCAUGUGUUUUCUAGUGCUACUGGGAUCCUACACAGCCCUGCUAGUGAUGCUCCGAAGCCACUCUCGGGAGGACCGUAGCAAGGCUCUGUCUACCUGUGCCUCUCACAUUGCUGUGGUGACCAUAAUCUUUGUACCUUGCAUCUACAUCUACGCAAGGCCCUUUAGAACAUUCCCAAUGGACAAGGCAGUUUCUGUGUUAUACACAAUGGUCACCCCCAUGCUGAAUCCGGCUAUUUAUACCCUAAGAAAUAAGGAAGUGAUCUUGGCCAUGAAGAAGUUGUGGAGGAAACAGAAGGAUUUUAUUGGUCCCCCAGAGCACUAA